ACAAUGAUGAUGAUGAUGAUGCGUGCAGCCGUGGGUCUCUGGGUCCUAUCAGCGGUGAUCUGCGUCGGCAGCGCCUACAGCGUCUUCAUUGUGAAGGACGCAAACCAAGACUUUUCCUUCAGCCUCUACAGGAAGCUAGCAGCUCAUGCUGACUCACAGGGACAGAAUAUCUUCUUCUCCCCCUUCUGCGUGUCGAGUGCCUUGGCCGCGUUGUCCGUGGGAGCAAAGGGGGAGACGCACCGCCAGCUUUUCAGUGGUCUGGGCUUCAACAGCGCCCUGACGCAGACCGUUGUGGACCGGGCCUUCCAGACGCUCCUCCAGGGGGACGCCAGCGAAGGGACUGCCUUGUUCCUGGACAACAGCUUCAAGCCAAAGCAGGAGUUCCUGCGGACCCUGAAAAAGUCGUACUUCGCAGAUGGGUUCAAUGUGGACUUCAGCCAAACCACAGAAAGUGCCGAUGCCAUCAAUAAGUACGUGUCGGAGAGGACCUACGGGAAGAUCGACAAGAUGGUGGAAAGCCUGGAUCCAAGCACAGUCAUGUAUCUCAUCAGCUACAUCUACUACAAAGGAACGUGGGUGACUCAGUUUGACCCUAACCUCACCGAGCAGGACAAUUUCUACGUGGACGACAUAACCCAGGUUCCAGUCCUCAUGAUGAAUAUGGAGGCUAGUUUCAGCACCUACCAAGACCUCGAGCUGAACACGAUGGUCCUUAUGCUCCCCUUCACCAACUCCUACUCCAUGCUGCUGCUGUUGCCUGACGUCAUGGCGACGCUGGAGAACGGCAUCUCCCCGCACCACGUCUCCAAAUGGUUGAAUGCUGGGGUGGAGGACAAGCCCAGGAGACAUAAUGUCUAUAUUCCAAAGUUCUCCAUCAAGACUUCCUACAGCCUGAACGAUGUGCUGUCAGAAAUGGGAAUGACAGACAUGUUUGGUGAUCAUGCAAAUUUGACAGGCAUUUCAGAGGAGCAGGGACUAGCAGUCUCAAAGGUUGUGCACCAAGCUACGCUGGACGUGGACGAGGCUGGAGCCACCGCUUCCGCCGCCACAGGCACCGAAGUGGGACUGACGUCUAUCGAUGUCCCUGUGUUGAAGUUCAAUCGUCCGUUCAUGGUCAUCAUUGUUGAAUUUAACGGUGUGGAUCGCAUCGUCUUCAUGGGCAAGAUCAUCAACCCGACCAUCUGAUGGGUUAUCCCUUUGUGUCUAAGCACAGCUGUUGCAUCUCAUAUAAAGGAGUCAGAGAAACAUUG